AUGACGGUAAAGCCGGCGCCCCCACUCGUAGAGGAAAGGCUGGCCACCUUCACGCGGGCGGCCGCUUUGCAUUCUAACCGCCUGACAAAUCUACAAGACCACCACCAUGGCCCGGCCAACACGCGCGACUCCCCGUUCCAUGGCGCCCCAGGCUUUGCAGAAAUGCGCGACAUGGCGAGCACCGCGCUCCGGGACGUUGACACGGUGAUUGUGGGCAAUGGCCCCUCGGCGUUGGUCCUGUCUUAUAUCCUCCACGGCCACAUUCCGUACUAUGCCCGUCCGCACCACGAUCCCUUGCUUCGCGCGAAGCUCGAAUCCCGUCGCAACCUCCUCGACCUGACGCCAGACCUCUACGCCCAUUUCCAGUCCUCGCUGCGCUACUCGACCCAGGCCUUACCCAUCAACACCCUGCUCGACACUCUGAUCCGCCCAAAUGCCGAUACUGAGAUCGAUCCGGAAUCCUGCGUCGAUUGGCGCUAUGAGCCGGACCAAGCCAUUUCACAUCUCGCUUUGGGCAACACCCCCGAUGCCGGAGGCCAGUGGACCGACAACCCAGUCUCAGCGACCAGUGAUAUCGGCACAUUGAGUUAUGCUGAGAUGCUCUCAUUGCCCGGCUACUCCUUUGCCGACCAUUGGAAGGCUGCGAAUGGCGAACCGUUGCCGCAUUUUCUGCGCCCUACUCGGACGCAGGUAGCUGCGUACUACAAGGCGUACCCGCAUGCUGUCGGCAUCGCGAAGUCGAUUCUGAACAAUGCUCAAGUGUCCGGUGUCUCAAGGACGACCGACGGCUUCUACAUCGCUUCUCAUGGCAUUCGAUGCAAGCACCUCGUUCUCGGAUCUGGGCUAUUUUCAGUCAAUAUACCAUCGCCGCCGCUUCUAUCUCCUCUGCAUAGCCUACGCAAUGCGACGGAGCCUGUUCUGGUGGUUGGCUCAGGAUUCUCCGCUGCCGAUGUCAUCAUUUCGACGCCGCCGCACCGGAAGGUCAUUCACAUGUUCAACUGGUCACCGGAGGAUAGGCCAUCUCCCCUACGGGGCUGCCAUCACCAAGCCUAUCCUGAAUAUGCCGGUAUCUAUCGACAGAUGAAACUUGCCGCACUCCCAUCUUCGAAGUCCAAAUCAGCUGCCUCCCCGCUGAGGAGGAGGAAAAACAACCCUUUCUUCUCCAAUCGCGACUGGGCAGAUGUAUACGAAGGCCUGGCCAACGCCACAGUCGUGGAUGUCACCUUGAUUGACGACCUCGCCAAGGUUUCGAUACGUCUGGAGUCUGGCGACCUGGUUGAACGUGUCGUUGGUGGAUUUGAGUACGUGGUGGGAAGGCGCGGGUCUCUUCAGUAUCUUGAGGAGCCGCUCCAAUCAGAGGUCAUUGGUCCCGCCACCGGUCAAUGCAAAGAGGAGGACGGGCCCUUGCAGGGCCUGAUUUCUGGCCGGACUCUUCGUGAAAAGGCCGAAGAGGAUUUGGAGAUUGCGCCCUCAGUCUUCAUCAUCGGCAGUCUGACGGGUGAUUCGUUAGUUCGCCAUGCUUUCGGCGCGUGUGCCUACGCCGGUGGUAGGAUCUUGGAUGCGAAGAACGAGUUCGCCAGGGAGAACGGCUGUGCGGCGUCGGCUGCAAAGACGAAGAUACCGACCCCCCCAAGGAGCCCCGUCCACAAGGAAGUCAACGGGCAUUCUCGUAAUGGGAGUAGCCCCAGAAUCAGAUCAAAUGGCGUCAGUCAUCAGGACCUCCACCUCGACCGAAGGAAGCUGCCAAGGGCAAUGGUGCUACAGGGCGCGGAAAAUCAGUAA